UCUCUCUCUCUCUCUCUCUCUCUCUCUCUCUCACAAGCAGACACACAAUGUCAAUGAUCAAUAAGACUAGCAUUGAGGGCAACACAAUGAACGGAUGCUCUCUAUGGCAGUUGGGUAAUGAAUUCCAGCUCCAUCAGGCAGUGGGAACUAGGGAUGAUUACCAUAGAUGGAGGUCGGCAGCUGCAUCAAGGGGGGUUGCGUUUGACAAUGAAUUGAGAAUGGCAGAAAGAUAUGCAGACGUGGAUGAUGAUGACGACGAUGGUCGGUGUAGAAAGUUUCGUUUUUCCGAUGUGUCGCUCAAGUUCUCUGAGAUGAAAAUCCAGCAUCCUUUUCAUGGGCAGCAGCUGCCUGAUAAAUGGUAUAAGACGCUUCCCCCUGCUGAAAUGCUGCCCAGGAAUGAGGUCUUGGGCGGUUUCAUUUUUGUAUGCAACAAUGAGACAAUGCAGGAGGAUCUCCGUCGCCAACUCUUUGGGCUGCCUCAGAAAUAUAAGGACUCUGUUAGGGCAAUAACCCCUGGCCUACCCCUUUUUCUUUAUAACUACACAGCGCACCAGCUACAUGGAGUUUUCCAGGCUGUGAGUUUUGGAGGGUCAAACAUAGAUCCAACAGCAUGGGAAGACAGGAAGUGCAAAGGAGAAUCAAGAUUUCCAGCACAGGUUAGAAUUCGAAUCAAGAGGAAAUGCAAACCUUUAGAAGAAGAUGCAUUUAGACCAAUAUUGCACCAUUAUGAUGGCCCAAAGUUCCGAUUGCAGCUCUCCGUGCCUGAGGCACUUGCAUUGUUAGACUUGUUUAAAGAGGAGGAGCUCUAGAAGUGCAGUAGCAGGAAACUCGAGCUAGCUAAUUGAAGAUCAUAUAUAUAUCUAUAUAUAUAUAUAGGAACUGAGAAUGAUCCUCAAGAACUAGUAGACAAAAGUCGGCUCAUGAUGGUCAGAAAUGAAGAUUGCAGCAAAGUUGAUCGACAGUGUUCAUCAUUCAGACGUGUAGCGUGGAAAAUUUUACAGGGUCAAGAAUAGAAUAGUAUAAAGUUUGAUGUGUACGAUGUUUUUUUUUUUUUGGUAAUUGGUGCAUUAGAUAUCGGCUACAGAAUCAAUGUCGUGACUUACAAGAAAGGUUUUCGUUGCUAAUAUAGAGUAAGAGAUGAUUUUGGUA